AUGAAAAAUAUACUAAAUCCAAACGAAGGAACUGUUUCUUUGUUAAACAACGACGAUAUAACAAGAACAAAUAGAUACGGAACGUUUGAUGAACAAUCUUCAAUUAUAUCUGAGUUACAAAAAAACUCACAACAGAAUAUCUUAAGUGCAUCCCAUAACAAACUUGAAUGUGGUCAAAGUUGCUUUAUUAAUCCCAUAGCUGGUUGUGCGAAACUUUGCGGAUCCAUACCUUCUCCAACAACUUUAGUCGUUAAAAACAACGGGUCCACCGCUCGUGACAAUUUCUCAAUAGAAAGAACAUUUUUGUCAUGGCUGCGAAUAUCAACGGGUCUGGUGUUGCUUGGUAUGUCUUUUUUCUUACGUUUUGAUACAUUUUCACAACCUUCUGUCAAUGAAGACCAUUAUUCAAAACCACUCGGCAUUUUCCUCAUCGGAUUGGGAUUCAUCGUGUUAAUAUGGGCUCUAUGUAAUUAUUUUCAAUUUCAACAAUUAUACGCAUCUAGGCAUGCGUUUGUUGAUAAUGGUGCACUUUCUUUUUUGGUAGCUUCAUUGGUGGGUGCUACCAUCUUUUUGUUGUUAGCUAUUAAUAUCUUGCAAGAUGGGGAACAAGAGGAUAAAAUGGGGGAUGGUACUAAAAUAUCUACCAUAAGUUUUAUUUAG